GACCAACAAAUUCGAAGAUCAAAUAUUUAUGAUGGUAAAUACAUACAAAUAACUUCAUUCGAAUUAGAGAAACUUUUUUUGCGAUGGCAUUAUUCCGCGCACUUGCUCACUCCAAAAACACCACACUCACCCUCACCAGGUCAUGCCGCACCAUCAUCACAUUCACACCCUCUUCCUCCUUCUCUUCCGCGUGCCGGCGGCGGAAUCCCUCUCCGGCACCGCCGCAAGCUCCGCCGUCACCGAAGAAGGUGCCGUUCACGGUGUCGGUUCACGGGAAGAAGUGGCAGGACCCCUAUCACUGGAUGUCCAACACCGACGACCCGAAUCUGUUGGACCAUCUCAACCGCGAAAACAGCUACGCCGAUGCUUUUAUGGCUGACACCGUCGAACUCCGUUCCGUUCUGUCGUCUGAGAUGAAAGCGCGAUUGCCACCCACUGUGUUAACUCCCCCUGAGCGUUGGGGACCCUGGCUGUAUUACCAGUAUAUUCCAGAGGGAAAGGAAUAUCCUGUACUGUGUAGGAGGCUGGAAACAAAGAGAACCGGUUGGAUGAAGAAUGUUUUUCUUCACUAUGGAAUGACAAGAUCAAAAAGGGAGGAGAUUUUACUUGACUGGAAUGAACUCGCAGAGAAAUAUGGGUAUGUCAAUGUUGGAACAUGCAGAGUAUCACCUGACCACAACUACCUUGCAUACACACUUGAUAUUUCCGGUGGUGAACGAUUCACUCUCCAGAUAAAAGACCUUAGAAGUGGAUUAAUAGACCCAAAAUUGGAAGUUUAUGGUGCUGUUAGCUUGGCAUGGGCUCAAGACGCAAGUUAUCUGUUUUAUACUCUAUCAGAUGAAAAUCAGCGACCUUACAGGGUUCUCUGCAGAAGACUUGGAUAUGAUCAUGAGGAUGAUCUCGCAGUAUUUACUGAAAACAAUUCCAGUUUUUGUGUGGACAUAACAAGCACAAAAGACGGCAAAUUCAUAACCGUGAAUUCAAACUCAAGAACUUCAUCCGAGGUUUAUGUUAUAGAUUCGGUCAAUCCAUCAAAUGGUUUACAGAAAAUAUGUAAUCGUACUUCUGGUGUACAGUACUUUGUGGAACAUCACUCUGGUUUAUUUUAUAUUCUUACCAAUGCUCCUAUUCCUGAUGCUGAAUGGUCUGGUCAAGGUUAUUACCUGGUUAGAUCCCGAAUUGAGGAUGUAGAGUCAGCUAAAUUUCAGAGUAUCAUCCUUCCUGAUAAAGAUACAAGCCUAUGUGAUAUGGACAUUUUUAAUGGAUAUCUGGUUCUUUUCUUCACUAAGAAAGGUCUUCCUCUGCUAUGCUCAUUGAACUUACCUAUGCAAAUUGAUUUCAAGCAUCAAGUAUAUAUUCAAGACCUGAAACCAUGGUACUUUCCUCUGCCAUCAAAUACAUGCAGUGUCAGUCCUGGUUCAAAUCACGACUUUCUCAACAUGGUUUACCGUGUGGUGCUUUCAUCACCUGUGAUGCCGGAUGUAAUUGUUGACUAUGACAUGUCAAGACAUACAUAUUCAAUUGUGCAUCAAGAGGAAGUGAACUGUGAUUCUGUUGGUCAGUCAUGCAUCCCAACUUUUGUGCUAAAUAAAAACAAGAGUAAAAUUCAAGAGGCACACGGUGAUAACAAAGAGUGUGCCACUAACUUUAAUUCACAAAGAUGGAAAGACUUUUCUCAUGUAUACUGUUGUCAGAGGGAGGAAGUUAUUUCCGAUGACGGUGUAAGGGUUCCACUAACCAUUGUGUACUCUAGAGAAUCCUGGAAGAAGGGUCAAUCCCCAGGACUCUUGGUAAGCUACGGGGCAUAUGGAGAAGAUCUGGAUAAGAGCUGGUGUUCAGAUCACCUUAGUUUACUGGACCGUGGUUGGGUAGUGGCAUUCGCUGAUGUUAGAGGUGGUGGUGGUGGAGGUCCUUCAUGGCAUAAAUCUGGGAGUGGAUUAAACAAACUCAAUUCAAUAUUUGAUUUUGUAUCCUGUGGCAACUACCUGGUUAAUGAGGGUUAUGUUCAGAGUGAUCUGCUUAGUGCUAUUGGAUGGAGUGCAGGCUGCCUUCUUGUUGGUGCAGCUAUGAAUAUGCAUCCGCAGCUCUUUCGUGCUGUCAUAUUAAAAGUACCAUUUCUUGAUGUAUGCAACACAUUGCUGGAUCCCAGUCUGCCCCUCACAAUUUUGGAUUAUGAAGAAUUUGGAAAUCCUCAAAUACAGUCAAAUUUUGAUUCUAUUUUUAGUUAUUCUCCGUAUGACAACAUUCCUCACAGCAGUUGCUUUCCUUCAGUUUUGGUCACGGCAGCAGUUAAUGAUUCAAGGGUUGGAGUUUGGGAAGGUGCUAAGUGGGUUGCUAAAGUACGAGAUAGUACCUGCCCUCAUUGUUCUCAGACUGUAAUCAUGAAAACAAGUAUGAUAGGAGGGCAUUUUGGGGAAGGUGGACACUAUGCUCAAUGUGACGAAACAGCUUAUGAGUAUGCUUUCCUCAUGAAAGCUUUUGGAAUUUUAAAUGAAUAAGUUUAUUAAGUCAGCAGUUGGAAGGUUAUUUUAUAUCUGUGGAAGAGUUUCAUUUGGGUCAAGGAAAAAAUUCUGUCCUCCUAGUGCACUGUCAAUACCUAGGCUCCAGAGACGCAGAAAAGUUUGAGCAUCUAUUAUCUAUGUAGCAAUAUCGCUGAGCUCUCCAGUCUCCACUCCAGUAUCGAUCUUUCAAAGUAAAUUAUUUUCCGAAUGUUUUAAAUUGCAUCACUGUUUAUUGUUUAUUGAUUCUUGUUAUAUUUUCCAUGGCUUCUCCUUGAUAAAUACUUGGAUUUGCUGCACAAUAUACCUAAGAAAGGCAAUUCAAUGUGUGCCAAGUUGGCAAGCUCUGUUGAAUUAGGAAUUAACAACUGGGAAGUUAAAAUAUGAUUUAAAGUUUGUUAUGCAGAAGCUUCCUAUUUGUUAUACAUUCUGCAGAAUCUUCUUUGUAGUUCACUAAUUCUGUGUGGAAGCUGGUUCAUUUUGACGCCAGAGAUUGAAGCUCUUAAGAGUGAAGUCUGAAAGUGCAAGUACUGCCGGCAAGAGUUACCCAGUAAUUAGCAGUGACCACUUGAAGUCAUGGACUGGUGCAGAAGCCAGAAACCCGGCUUCUGGUGUCACAAGUGAAAUGACAUCUUAUAUAUUAUGGAGGACUUAAUUUUUAAUUGUCCUUUCGGUUUAAAAGUUUCAUUGUUAAUACUAGAGUUCUAUGAACAUGAGUUUGGUAACAAUGAAAAGUCUAUUAUGUCCGUACCUAAAAU